AUGCAAAAACGCCAUUCAGGCUCCUCUAACAACACAACAACCGAUUUGACCUCGUUUCCCUCGCUUUCACCGCCAGACAAAUCUUCAACCCUCGCCCGUGGCCUGACGAAUACAAUGUUCUCUGAUGAAGAUGGGGCUGAAUCAAAUGGAGGUGGGAAUGGUCGUGGGCGGAAGGCUACGCUGGCAAAUUUGACGACUGGGCCGUCUCGCAAAUCAGGCCGAGCUGCCCUCUUCGCCGAUUCCGUCCCCACACAUGAUAUCCCAGGCGCCCUACAUUUGGCCGAUGACGCGCACAUUGAACGGCUGGUUGCUGGAACAGGUGCCGUGAAGAUGGUGAGGCAGUUCGCUCGCGAUCUAGCUCAGCGGGACGCUGAGAUCUCGGCCCUCCGCCAACGCGCCGAUGCAAGGGAGCGAGAGCUGAAGAGAAUGCUACGCGACGUGUCUGUGUCCAACCAAGAUAUUGAACGUCGUCUAUAUCAGUUGGAGAAUCCGCUGGGCGAUCGUGUCUCGGAUGCAGAAAGCACUCAUAGUAGCGAUCAUGCUGGUCAAACCUAUCCCGGCCUGAAUGGAUUGAUGUCUCAAGCCAUGGAAGACACCGUUGGCUCUCGGGCUCACGGUGACUCAGCAGAAGCCCAGGCCACGAUUCGUGCCCAGCGGUUAGACAGUGAUCCCCGAGGCAGCGGAGCCACCGACAACCGGAAGCGUCAAAGCUCGAUUCGGGGCUGGCAGGAGUACCUUUUUGGCUCGACCAAUACAAGUCGGAAAACCAGUCGUGCUAGUAGCAUUAUGAGUGAUGUUGGUGAACUUGGAGAAGAAGAGGCUGAGCGUCCCCGAGUGACCAGCAAUCCUACAAUGCGACGCAAAGCGCUUGAUGAGCAGCUAUUUCAGCCCCCGGAUGGCCCGGCACGAAACGGACCGGCGAACCGCAUUGCUAGCAUGUCCGCAAAUGGCGACGAUGCAAGCAUUCAUUCUCGGAAAUCAUCACGGUCUCUCGGCUCUUGGACUGUUAAGUUAUUUGCUGGCAAUCCCCAGUCGAGCAAAGAUGCAAGUGAUGCUGAGUCUAUUCACAAUAAACCCCAACCCAAAAGGCCGGACGGAGACCAAAGUCCUUCGUCUACACUGUCCGGCAAUUCUAAAGGUUCAAUGUCGGCAGUGGCUGCAUUGAAGAGGAUCAACAGCAAUGUCGGCAUCGCUACUACUGGACGAUCUGCCAGUGGAUCGAGAGUCCCGGGCAAAAUGAACCCUCCUGCCUUGCGACGGACUGCAGCUGGCAGCGUGUCUCAGGGCUCGACGUCGGAGACUACAGAUAGAGUCUCCACGAAUCUUGGACCGGUCGAGAUGGACGCCAUUUUGCCCAUGGAGUCAAAGCCUCCAACGCUCACGCCUAUUUAUAACAAUUCACAACCGGGUGAGUUUCUCACCGACCGGUUCGGUUUCAUCUAUGAUCAACAUAGAAAGAAGCGCCAGAGAGAAGCCAAUACUGCCAAGAGCAGCAAUCACCGUUUGAGUAUAACCGAAACUCUCGGUACUCUUCGAACUGAUGCCUCGUCAGAUCAUGAGGAUGACCACGAAGUAACAAAACUUCGGCAGGGCGCUUCCGAGGCCUCGCGUUCUCUGCCUGACUCACCAAAUGACCCUGACAGCGGAGCUGUUGCCAUCCGUCGCUGGCAAGACUACCUGAGGAUCCCGUCCCGUCCCACAGAGCUACUGUCCCACACGCCCUCCGCAGGCCCGAUUGUCUCUUUGACCACUUCAGGAGAAAAUCGCUCUCAUAGCUCGUCUGUUUCAUAUGACAAAGACGGGGCGUUGGCUGUCGGCUCUAGCGCACAACCAUCGGCAUCUACAUCGGCUAUCACGGCCGACAGCCCCGAAUUCGCUGGCUUGUCAUCGGAUCAGCUCAAAGACACAGCCUCCAGAUUCACUGUCGCAGAGAUGGAGCCCGUAAAACUGUUAUUGGAACAGUUGACUGAUCUGCAUGAUACACUGCAACGCGAUCGAACCGUGAGGUGGAACGAGUUCCUUCGCAAAGUGCGUGCUGAACGCCGAAAGGAGGGCGAAGCGGCAGCCGCAGCCGCAACUUCCGAUCGAUCUCUUGCUGCCGUUGACACGCCAGAAGUCUCCCUCGCCGAUGGCGAAGUUGUAGGGAUCGCGGGUCUAGGUAACAAAGGCAAGGUUGGCCGAGCGAAGUGGCGAGAAUUCCGGCUGCUCGUACUCGGCGGCAUCCCAGUCGCUCUUCGCGCCAAAACUUGGUCGGAAUGCAGCGGGGCUUCGGCAAUGCGAAUUCCUGGCUACUAUGAUGACCUCGUGCAUGGCGUUGGCGGAUCGGACCCCGACCCUUCUGUUGUCGCACAAAUCGACAUGGAUAUACGUCGCACUCUUACCGAUAAUGUCUUCUUCCGCAAAGGGCCUGGCGUCGGCAAGCUGAAAGAGGUUCUACUUGCGUACUCGCGCCGUAAUCCAGAAGUAGGCUACUGUCAGGGCAUGAACCUCAUCGCAGCGUCUUUGUUGCUCAUCAUGCCGACUGCCGAAGACGCGUUUUGGAUUCUGACCUCGAUGAUCGAGAUCAUUUUGCCCCACCACUAUUACGACCAUGGCUUGCUCGCCUCCCGUGCCGAUCAGGUAGUCUUGCGCCAGUAUAUCUCAGAGCUGCUUCCCAACCUCUCCGCCCACUUGGAGGAACUGGGCAUUGAACUAGAAGCACUCACGUUCCAAUGGUUCCUCUCUGUCUUUACAGACUGUCUCUCCGCGGAGGCAUUGUAUCGCGUAUGGGACGUGGUCCUAUGUCUCAACGUGACCAGCGCAGUCAACGGCUCCGGGUCAAUUACCUCUGGUACUAAGGACAGCAAUGACAAGACUGCCAAGGAUACAGAAAAUCUCGCCUCUGGCAGCGGAGGCGGAAGCACAUUCCUAUUCCAAGUUGCUCUCGCACUGCUCAAGCUCAACGAGCAGCAAUUGUUGACGACCUGCUCGACGCCAGCGGCACUCUAUACAUACAUCAACCACCAAAUGACCAACCACGCGAUCAGCAUCGACGGCCUGAUCCAAGCCAGUGAAGCACUGCGCAAUGUGGUCCGCCGCGAAGAUGUCGUUGCACGUCGUGCUGUUGCCCUGCAAGAAAUGCGCGAAUUGAGCAGCGGUGCAGGCACCGAGACCCUUACUUGA